GUGUGUGUGUGUGUGUGUGUGUGUGUGUUGGUUUUUGUGGUUUACGAGGACUUUUGACCUGAAUACGCACCAGCAUUACGGGGACAUUUGGGUUUAUGAGGACACAGGCCAUGUCCUUGUAAUUCCGGCAAUGUAGAUGCCUUUCUCUAUGUCCCAGAAGCACCCUCUCCAAUUUUCGCGGCAUGUCCUUAUAUACCACAAAAACCUGAUUUUAUACCAUACACUGUGUAUCCUCUGUGUACGAGAGUGCGCCCCUGCAGCCGGGUCCUGGUACUGUACCGGCGUCAUCGAAAAUUUGCAUUUUUCACACAAGUGUAAGUAUUGAGGCCUGUGAUUGGUCAGAUCGCUACUGGUAGGCGGGAAAUCACGAAAACAAGAUGGCGCCGACGGGCGGAGCCUAAUUCCGCAGCCCCUAUUGGCUGCAUACGCAAUGAACAACAAGCGAGACAAGAUGGCGCCGGUGGGCGGAGCCUCAUUCAACUUAAGCGUAGGUCUGUAUAACAAGCGAGUUAAUGCAAAAUACUAAUUAUUUAAGUGUUAUUGCCUAUAAUUUUUCAUUUGUGAAUUAAAUAUAUGAAUAAAUAGUGAUCCUCGAUUAAAAAUAUCCCUUAAAUGUCAUGUAAUAAAGUAUAAAAGUAACUUGAACGCUGUUUACUCAGUAUUUAUACAGUUUAUUUAGCUCGUUAGCAUAUGCUAUUCAUGUAAACACAACCACACAUUAACUCGUGCGCUCACAUCACAUAUAUUUAUUAUUAUUAUUUUAAUCCCGUUUAUAAUGUAAUAAGUAUGGUUUAAUCAGAGUCAUGCCUCAAGUUCAUUUCCUGUUUGGACCGGAUAGAAACUCUGCACCUGAGAAGACAUCUGAGCACCUGAUGGCGAGGCUGCUGUUAUUUUAAAGAAGAUGACAGAAGACACAUCAGAUCAUGCUGAAGUGAAACAGUGAUGGAGAAAGCCCAAGCUCUGGAGGAAGACAUACAGUAUUCACAAAGAUUCAUCAGUGAUUUCACCUGUGUCAGAUGGUAACUGAGAAGAAUCAGAUUCAGAAGAAUAAGAUACAGCAACAAUAAAGAUAAGCCGUGAGACCCAGCUGUCAUCAGUGAUGAUUGUGCUGCUCUUACUGUGGGACUACACCAGACUCUCAGUGAGGUUGGACCCUCUGCUCUCAAAAUGAACACUCUGUCCCAGUCAGAAGUCAGAGAUGUACAGAAGGUGAGCCCUGAGAAGGACCAGUUAUCAAUGGACCAUCAAGACGGUGUUAGACGGAGAAGAUGAGAUCAGUAUGAUGGAUCCUGAUGCCAGUGAUCCUGAUGAAAGCGUUUCUCAGGAUGUUGUUCCUGCUGGAGCUGUGCAGGCGUCUCCAGUAAUGCUGAUGUUCAGAAGAUGCCCAUUUGGAAAACUGCUGAGUUUGUCAAGAGAAUGAGAGUUCGGCAGAAAUUAAAAAACGGAAAGGAAAAGGACAAAAGGUUUGCUGGUCAGAUGCUGAAGUUACAGCUGUAAUUGAUCAUUUUAAGGCACAUAUGACCAAAGGAAAAUUGUGGACAAAACACAAGAGAUUUUGUAAGAAAUCAAGGAAUUAGCUUGAAAAGAAAAGCACAAAAUAAGUGAUGUUACAUUGUGUCUCAUUUGAUGCUGUUCUAUAAGGAUUAUUAUUUUAGUUGUUGGUUAUGUUAGUUUCAUUCUAGAGCAUGAAUAUACUAAGACUUCACUCUGUAAAUCUCUAAAGUUUAACUGUUCUUUAAAGCAGUAGUUUGUCACAAAAACAUGAAAACUUAAUAUUCAACAUUAUUAUUGAUCUGACUGCAUUGACACUAUUGUAUGAGAACUGAACUGAGCUGGACGAUGACAUCACUGUUGUCUCCAGAUCUGCUGCUGCUGUAUAGAUGAAGUGAACUAAAUUAAUAACUGAUGAGUUUUACAACGUAAUUGAAUCAACACUGAACUGACUCGGGCUGAACAAUGACACGAUACUCUUCUAGAGCUGCUGUACAGCCCAAACAAUCUUUGUUGAACAAUGUUCCUGUUAUGAGGGCUGCUUUGAAACAAUAUGUAGUUUAAAAAGCGCUUUAUAAAUAAAGGUGACUUGACUUGACUCAACAAUUCUGUUCACAUUUUUUCAAAGUUUUGAAUGGUUGCCAUUUCAAUAUGUCAAAACAGUAAUGAUGCUGUAUGCUUUCUGAAAGAUUACACAGUUGUGCAUGUGUUAUUGACCUAGUUUUUUUUAGUUGUGGAUUUCAUUUUCCCCUUAAAAUGGCAUUCCAUGCUGGUAUUACAUCGUUAAAACUGGAAAAACUCAAUGUUUAUGUUGUUAUUUUAAGUCAUAAUUAAAGUACUUCUAAUACACACUGGUCCCUGUAAUGUUGGAGUGUGUCAGGUGUGUAUUGUGUUUAAGAUCAGGUACUCAUUAAUCACCUCAGUCUUAGUAAUACACCAUAUCGUCAGGUUUGUGUGUUGUGUGUGUGGUCAUGUACCUGUAAAACACACUAGUCCCUGUAAUCCAGAGAAAUGACAUGUUUUGUGUAUUGUACAAUAGGUGUCCUCAAAUCAGGUUGUACCCAAAAAUCACAAUUAUGUCAUAGGCGGGAACAUUUUAGGAUGGGCGGGAAUGUCCUUGUAUACCACUGAUAUAUCAGGUUGUCAUAUUUUCCGUUCUGUUGUGUGUAAAGAAACUUUAAAGCCAGAUUUGUGAUCUGCAGAUCAAAACAAAAUUGUUGAUAGUUUUAUCAUCACUGUAGGGCAUCGGGAAAGGUGUGUCCCCCUAAACCACAAUCCUACUGGUUUGAGCAUCAAAGUCCUCGUAAACCACAAAAACGUGUGUGUGUGUGUGUGUGUGUGUGUGUGUGUGUGUGUGUGUAUUUUGAACUCUACUGAAUGUGCAGUACAGACAUUUCUUAACUUCAUCUUAACUUUAAACAGCACCAAAUCUUCAACAUUCACAAAAAAACCUGAAUCUUCUGAUAAAAUCAAACAUUUGCUUCAAAACCAUGUAAUGUGUGCUCAAAAUUAAACAAGUCUUUCAGAUCAUAGACUCACUGACUAGAUCAUUCUGUACACACACUACAUUAAAAACUGUUUUUUUUUUUAAAUAAAUAAAUUUUGAAUUAAAAAAGUAUAGUAAUCACAAACAGUAAAGUGUGAAUAUAAUGUGUACGAUACAGAUUUCUGCAAAAUAAAACUACAGUAAUCUAACUGCAAAAGCCAAAGAGCAAAGAAAGCUGUAAAUGAAAAGCACAUUACACUUUUCUACUCAACACACGCUUAAAAAAAAAAAAAAAAAAAAAAGCCUCCUGAGAACAGAAAGACAAAAUUGUCUUUGUUUUGGCCUGAUUCUGCUCAAAAUGACAUUACACCAGUUUUUGAUUUCUCUUGAAGUAUAUUGGGGAACACCUGGGUGGAGUUUGAGCUAAAAUUGUAAUUAGCUGUUUAGAAUUAUUAUUACUUCAUUUUCUGCUAAGAUUUUCUAUAUUUCAAAAUAAUUACUGUAGAAAUGCAUGAAAAAAAAAAAAAAAAACAUAAUGGUUUUCAUUAAUUUUGAAAGCAGUGUGUUAGCAUUUGAAAAAUGUGCUGCACAUAUAUAGUGUUUAAUUAUUCACGUAAACACCCCUGCUGGCCUCACUAACACUUAUGGUGUGCCUGAGAAAUUAUUUGCAAUUUGUGAUAAAUCAGCAGGAUCAAGUACAAGAGAUAAGCAUGAGGUUUUGAAAGGGUGAGCAGUGUUACACGAUUUAUUUAUUUAUUUAUUUUCGAAAAGUGUUCUCGCAACAAUUUUAAUUUGGCUCAACCUAUGAGAGCCACCAAUUUCUGAUGUCGUGUCAGAAAGCAGACCACAAACCCUUAUACCAGUUUGUUGCUCUUUUUUGCAUUGAAUCAGUCUGCUGUCCCCGCCGCAGAAUUGUUGACUUCCUCUUUCAGGAGCCAAUCACUUCCUCAGUUUAAGAAGUUUAAGACACCUCUUCUACAAGAACUUAAGCUCCCACACAUCAAAAGUCACGCAGGCACUUAUACACUUACACAAAAAGCCUUGGCUCCAGUAAAGUUAUAAAAAUAUUGUAUUAAAUUGUGAUAUACUAAUAUACUGUACCUUAUAUUCACUGACAAUUGCAGGUAGUUUAAAUUUUGUUUAAUAACUUCUUGAACCUGAAGCCAUUCACACAUUUAAAGCAGGAAACAUACUGAGCGGCAUGCGUGUAAUGAACCCCACCUCCUAAAAAGAUAAUACACGUCCCAUAUGUGGGGAUUUGCACAACUCAAGCAGUGAAAUAACUGUGCAAUCUUAAAAACCAACAAAGAAGUAAGACUUGAAGGACCUUUUGAGACUUUUUGCUUCAAAUGAAGACAAUGAAGAUUGUGCCACUGGGGGUUAUUAUUUUCCUCUGUAAGGUCUUUUUGUGUGAAUAUGUGGAGGGGUCUUCAUGUACUCCUGGCUUUGAGUCGGAGUUGCUGGUGUUUAAAGUGCACAGAGAUCACCUUCACCAAGGAGCAAUACUAGGAAGAGUAAUUUUUAAUACAUGCGAUGGAAGAACAGGAACGCUCUUUCAGUCCUCUGACGAGUGGUUUGAUGUGGACACUGAUGGGACUGUAACCCUGAAGAGAGAAGUGGAUCUUCAUGAAGGUCACAAGGUGUUUUCUGUGCACGCUUGGGACUCCAGUGGCAAGAAGCACACGGUGUCUGUCAGAGUCGAGCGUGUCCACCAUCAUGAGGACCAUCACAUGGACACGGUCAUGAACAUCUCCUCUCCACAGAUGGAUUCUCACUCUGAUGAUCUGGUUCUGAUGUUUCCAAAGUCUUCGACGGGUCUAAAGAGAGCAAAGAGAGGUUGGAUUAUUCCUCCAAUCAAUGUAAUAGAGAAUAGCAGAGGUCCUUACCCACAGUGGCUGGUCCAGAUAAAGUCAGACUUGUCUUUAGAAGCUCAGAUGGCAUACAGUAUCACAGGUGAAGGAGCAGAUCUGGACCCUAAGGGGCUUUUCACUGUAGACAGAUUAUCAGGAUAUCUGUUUGUGACUCGACCACUCGACAGAGAAACAAAAGCUUCAUACAGACUUAUAGUUCAUGCUACUGGAGUUGGUGUGACUAUAAUAGAAAAGCCAAUGGAAAUUAUUGUAAGUGUGAUGGACCAAAAUGAUAAUAGGCCUGUUUUUACUCAAAAUCCAUUCAGUGGAAAUGUUCCUGAAGCUGCUGGAAUAGGUCAUGAGUUUAUGACAGUCACAGCCACUGAUGCAGAUGAUCCAGAGACUGACAAUGCAGAAAUCAGAUACUCAAUUGUCAAGCAAGAACCAGAAUCACCAAAUCCAAACAUGUUUCAAAUCAACUCUGUUACUGGAGGAAUUCGUGUGAAUUCUUUAGGUUUGGACAGAGAGAAAUGGUCCAAAUACACUUUGACAGUUGUCGUUACUGAUAUGGAAGGAAGAGGUCAUUCAACCACUGGCACAGCUGUUAUUACUGUGACUGACAGCAAUGUUAACGCACCUCAAGCAAAGAGAGAUUGGGUUAUUCCUCCGUUCAAUGUAAUAGAGAAUAGCAGAGGUCCUUUCCCAAUAAAACUGGUCCAGAUAAAGUCAGACAUUUCUAAUGAAGCUCAGAUGCAAUACAGGAUCACAGGUGAAGGAGCAGAUCAGGACCCUAAUGGGACUUUCACUAUAGAAAGAUUAUCAGGGAAUCUGUUUGUGACUCGACCACUCGACAGAGAAACAAAAGCUUCUUACAGACUUGAAGCUCAUGCUACUGGAGUUGAUGAGAAGUUGAAUAUAAAAGAAAAGCCAAUGGAAAUUAUUGUAAAUGUGAUGGACCAAAAUGAUAAUUAUCCUAAUUUUACUCAAAAUCCAUUCAAUGGACGUGUUCCUGAAGCUGCUGAUAAAGGUCAUGAGUUUAUGACAGUCACAGCCACCGAUGCAGAUGAUCCAGAUACUGACAAUGCUGUGAUCAGAUACUCAAUUGUCAGCCAAGAUCCCCCAUUUCCAAAACCAAACAUGUUUGGUAUCAACACUGUAACUGGAGGAAUUCAUGUGAUAGAAAGAGGCUUGGACAGAAAGAAAUGGUCCAAAUAUACUUUGGUAAUUAUGGCUGCUGAUAUGGAAGGAACAGGUUUUUCAACCAUUGGCACAGCUGUUAUUACUGUGACUGAUAGCAAUGAUAACGCACCUCAGUUUGAUCAAACCUUGCAUACUGUAUCUGUCCCAGAGAAUAAAAUAGGAGCUGAAGUGGCCAAACUUACAGUUACUGAUGGAGAUGAAGAGGGAUCUCCUGCCUGGUCAACCAAAUAUCGCAUUAUUAGCGGAGACAAGGGUGGGUUUUUCAAUGUCAGUACUGGACCCAGCCAGCUAGAGGGCGUCAUCACCACUGUAAAGGUCUUUUUGUGUGAAUAUGUGGAGGGGUCUUCAUGUACUCCUGACUUUGAGUCGGAGUUGCUGGUGUUUAAAGUGCACAGAGAUCACCUUCACCAAGGAGCAAUACUAGGAAGAGUAAUUUUUAAUACAUGCGAUGGAAGAACAGGAACGCUCUUUCAGUCCUCUGACAAGCGGUUUGCUGUGGACACUGAUGGGACUGUAACACUGAAGAGACAAGUCACUCUUCAUGAAGGUCACAAGGUGUUUUCUGUGCACACUUGGGACUCCAGUGGCAAGAAGCACACGGUGUCUGUCAGAGUCGAGCGUGUCCACCAUCUUGAGGACCAUCACAUGGACACGGUCAUGAACAUCUCCUCUCCACAGAUGGAAUCUCACUCUAAUGAUCUGGUUCUGACGUUUCCAAAGUCUUCGACGGGUCUAAAGAGAGCAAAGAGAGGUUGGGUUAUUCCUCCAUUCAAUUUACCUGAAAAUAGCAGAGGUCCUUUACCAAUAAAGCUGGUCCAGAUAAAGUCAGACUUGUCUUUAGAAGCUCAGAUGGCAUACAGGAUCACAGGUGAAGGAGCAGAUCUGGACCCUAAGGGGAUUUUCACUAUAGAAAGAUUAUCAGGAGAUCUGUUUGUGACUCGGACACUCGACAGAGAAACAAAAGCUUCAUACAGACUUGAAGCUCAUGCUACUGCAGUUGGUGUGAAUGUAGCAGAAAAGCCAAUGGAAAUUAUUGUAAAUGUGAUGGACCAAAAUGAUAAUAGGCCUGUUUUUACUCAAAAUCCAUUCAAUGGAAAUGUUCCUGAAGCUGCUGGAAUAGGUCAUGAGUUUAUGACAGUCACAGCCACUGAUGCAGAUGAUCCAGAUACUGACAAUGCUGUGAUCAGAUACUCAAUUGUCAAACAAGAUCCAGAAUCACCAAAUCCAGAAUCACCAAUGUUUCAAAUCAACUCUGUUACUGGAGGAAUUUGUGUGAAUUCUUUAGGUUUGGACAAAGAUAAAUGGCCCAAAUACACUUUGACAGUUGUUGCUGCUGAUAUGGAAGGAAGAGGUUUGUCAACCACUGGCACAGCUGUUAUUACUGUGACUGACAGCAAUGAUAACGCACCUCAGUUUGAUCAAACCUUGCACACUGUAUCUGUCCCAGAGAAUAAAGUAGCAGCUGAAGUGGCCAAACUUACAGUUACUGAUGAAGAUGAAGAGAGAUCUCCUGCCUGGUCAACCAAAUAUCGCAUUAUUAGCGGAGACAAGGGUGGGUUUUUCAGUGUCAGUACUGGACCCAACAAGCUAGAGGGCGUCAUCACCACUGUAAAGCCUCUGGACUUUGAGAAGAACAAGCAAUACAUUCUGUCUGUGAUUGUUGAGAACGAUGAGCCGUUUGUCGGAUCUUUGGCCACUUCCACUGCCACAGUCACGGUGAAUGUAGAAGAUGUGAAUGAGCCUCCAGAGUUUAAUCCAAAGGAGAAGAUUAUUUACAAACCUGAAGAUUCACCGGUUGAUAGUGAUUUGGUUUCUUAUACAGUCACUGAUCCAGAUAUUGGAAAGUCACAGAAGAUAACGUGUAAAAUUGGCAAUGAUCCUGCCGGCUGGCUGAGUGUAAAUCAAUACACUGGAUUGAUUAAAGUCAGGAAACCAAUGGAUAGAGAAUCUUCCUAUGUCAAAGAUGGCAAAUACAAAGCUAUCAUUCUGGCUGUGGAUGAUGAUAAGACUCCAGCAACUGGUACUGGAACGCUGAUAAUUGAAUUGUCGGAUGUAAAUGACAACGCUCCUGUCAUUAAUGAAAGGAAUAUAAAGAUUUGCAAUCGUGGUUCAGCCCCAGUGCUUCUCUCUAUAACGGACAAAGAUGACCCUCCUUAUGCUGGUCCCUUUACUGUUGAGACUCAAGGAGAAACCAGUAAAAAUUGGUCCACCGUGAUGAACGACACAUCAACCGGUGUCUUUCUGAAACUGAAGUCUUCAUUGGAGCAGGGUGAUUACGAUGUUGUCCUGAGAGUCUUUGAUCGGGAGAGGCUGUUUCAGGAUAGCACCAUUCAAGCAACCGUGUUUGACUUCAACACGCAGGUAAACACAGAGUCAACACACAGAGACAGCACGCAGGCGGAGAGCUUUGCGUCUUCACUAAACUUUGUUUUUGUAUGUGGAUUUGCGGAGGAGUCUUCAUGUACUCCUGGCUUUGAGUCACAGUUGCUGGUUUUUAAAGUGCACAGAGAUGACCUUCACCAAGGAAAAAGAAUAGGAAGAGUAAUUUUUAAUACAUGCGAUGGAAGAACAGGAACGCUCUUUCAGUCCUCUGACGAGUGGUUUGAUGUGGACACUGAUGGGACUGUAACCCUGAAGAGAGAAGUGGAUCUUCAUGAAGGACACAAGGUGUUUUCUGUGCACGCUUGGGACUCCAGUGGCAAGAAGCACACGGUGUCUGUCAGAUUUGAGCGUGUCCACCAUCAUGAGGACCAUCACAUGGACACGGUCAUGAACAUCUCCUCUCCACAGAUGGAUUCUCACUCUGAUGAUCUGGUUCUGAUGUUUCCAAAGUCUUCGACGGGUCUAAAGAGAGCAAAGAGAGGUUGGAUUAUUCCUCCAGUCAAUGUACUUGAGAACAGCAGAGGUCCUUUCCCAAUGAAGCUGGUCCAGAUAAAGUCGGACUAUUCUCUUGAAGCUCAGAUGGCAUACAGGAUCACAGGUGAAGGAGCAGAUCUGGACCCUAAUGGGACUUUCACUAUAGAAAGAUUAUCAGGGAAUCUGUAUGUGACUCGACCACUCGACAGAGAAACAAAAGCUUCAUACAGACUUAUGACUCAUGCUACUGGAGUUGAUGUGAAUAUAAUAGAAAAGCCAAUGGAAAUUACUGUAAAUGUGAUGGACCAAAAUGAUAACUAUCCUAAUUUUACUCAAAAUCCAUUCAAUGGACGUGUUCCUGAAGCUGCUGAAAUAGGUCACGAGUUUAUGACAGUCACAGCCACUGAUGCAGAUGAUCCAGAUACUGACAAUGGUGUGAUCAGAUACUCAAUUGUCAAACAAGAUCCAGAAUCACCAAAUCCAAACAUGUUUGAAAUCAACUCUGUUACUGGAGGAAUUCGUGUGAAUUCUUUAGGUUUGGACAAAGAGAAAUGGUCCAAAUAUACUUUGGUAAUUAUGGCUGCUGACAUGGAAGGAAGAGGUUUUUCAACCACUGGCACAGCUGUUAUUACUGUGACUGACAGCAAUGUUAACGCACCUCAGUUUGACCAAACCUCGCACACUGUAUCUGUCCCAGAGAAUAAAGUAGGGGCUUUAGUGGCCAAACUUACAGUUACUGAUGGAGAUGAAGAGGGAUCUCCUGCCUGGUCAACCAAAUAUCGCAUUAUUAGUGGAGACAAGGGUGGGUUUUUCAGUGUCAGUACUGGACCCAGCCAGCUAGAGGGCGUCAUCACCACUGUAAAGCCUCUGGACUUUGAGAAGAACAAGCAAUACAUUCUGUCUGUGAUUGUUGAGAACGAUGAGCCGUUUGUCAGAUCUUUGGCCACUUCCACUGCCACAGUCACGGUGAAUGUAGAAGAUGUGAAUGAGCCUCCAGAGUUUAAUCCAGAGGAGAAGAUUAUUUCCAAAUCUGAAGAUUCACCGGUUGACAUUGAAUUGGUUUCUUAUCCAGCCACUGAUCCAGACAUUGGAAAAUCACAGAAGAUAGCGUAUAAAAUUGGCAAUGAUCCUGCCGGCUGGCUGAGUGUAAAUCAAGACACUGGAAUUAUUAAAGUCAAGAGGCUUAUGGAUAGAGAAUCUUCCUAUGUCAAAGAUGGCAAAUACACAGCUAUCAUUCUGGCUGUGGAUGAUGAUAAUCCUCCAGCAACUGGUACUGGAACCCUGAUAAUCGAAUUGGAGGAUGUAAAUGACAACGCUCCUGUCAUUAAUGAAAGGAAUAUAAAGAUUUGCAAUCGUGGUUCAGCCCCAGUGCUUCUCUCUAUAACAGACAAAGAUGACCCUCCUUUUGCUGGUCCCUUUACUGUUGAGACUCAAGGAGAAACCAGUAAAAAUUGGUCCACCGUGAUGAAUGACACAUCAACCGGUGUCUUUCUGAAACCGAACUCUACAUUGAAGGAGGGUGAAUACAAUGUUGUCCUGAGAGUUUUUGAUCGGGAGAGGCUGUUUCAGGAUAACACCAUUCAAGCAACUGUGUGUGACUGUGAAGGAGAUGUACUCCAGUGUACUGACUGUGUCAACGCACCUUGCCUAGCAAGAUAUACAUUCUGUCUGCGAUGAUUCAUCUAUCAACCCUUUGACCACUUUUGCUGUGAAGAAAUAAACAAGGUUAAAUCCAAAAGAGUUUAUUUUAUAAUUGAAUUAGAGGACAUAAAUGACAAACUCCAUGAUUAUGUUUAAUAAUAAUAAUAAUUCAUUACAUUUGUUACAUUUAUAUAGCUCUUUUCUUUGCACUCAAAACACUUCUAACAAUUCUCUUGCUAUCACUGCUCACAUUGGGUAUCAUUCAUGAAACUUUCGUAAAUAUGUGAGUAAAUUGAGUAAUUUGCACGUAAAACGGACCUUCCCGAAAACUCUCCUCCAGAUUCACAGAUGCAUUAGAUUUGAUAGUUAAACCUGUAGGGGUGUGACGAGACCAGUAUCUCACGAGACGAGACGAGACUCGAGAUUGAGUUCACGAGACGAGACAAGAUGGCGAAAUACA